AUUUGGAUAAAUACGAGCCUUUUAAAAUUAUAACAUAACAUACCAUGACAUAAGAUAAGAUUAACAGUCUACACGACCUAAAGCAGUUUUCUAGGUUCAUCAGAAGGUGGAUACUUUUGAGAGUUUAUAAAUAAGUAUGACAGCGACUUUUGGAAGAAGAGUUAACAUUUUAUGCUAUUUUUUCAAAAUGCCUUCAAAUAUAAAUAUUAUUUUGUUUAUUGUGAAAAUAUAUUUUACAACCAUCCAAAAGUAUGUAGAAUUGGAAAAUGCUUGCGCUGAAAGCAUUUCCGUUUACCGUGCAAGAAGUGAGUUUUUAUUGAAUAUGAUGUGGUUUUGCUUGAAUCAACAAUGGAUGAUAUUAACAAUUUUGGAGAAACCGCAUACUAAAAUGCGUUGGAAACUGAAUCGGAAGGGUAUGUUUUGGGAGAUUGAUUGCCAAUGUAAUGGGGAGGAGUUCUUUAGGAACAAUUUUCGCAUGAUGCGCAGUAGCUUCAACAAACUAUGCGGCCUUCUUUCAUGUUUGGAAAGGAAAGAUACAAAUUUUCGGAAAGCCAUUAGCCUUGAGAAGCGGGUAGCCAUUGCUCUGUAUGCCCUGGGAUCAUCUUCUGAGUACCGCAGUGUGGGUAAUAUGUUCGGAAUUGCAAAAUCGACUGUAUGCUUAAUCGUGUUAGAGUUUUGCAAGCAAGCAUGGAUUGUAUUAGAUCCUGUUUACCUUAAUCACUUCCCUCUCAGUAGAGAAAAGAUACGAGAGUGCAUGUCUGGGUUCAACCAAAUUGGGUUUCCUCAAUGCAUUGGUGCAAUUGAUGGUUGUCACAUAGAAAUACAUCCAAAACAUGAUGGAGCCGUUCAACUUCAAUUACAAAGGGUACUUUGAACUAUAUUUGUAUGUAUGUAUAUUUUUAACGUAAAUAAAACUACACCUCUUUUGUAGAUAUCGUUUUCUUUAUAUUAAUGUUGGUAGUCCAGGAAAAUGCAAAGACUCAUUCAUUUACGAGAGGUCAUUAUUAAAGCAAGAGCUGCAUAACUGUGCUUUGCUUAAUGAAAUGAGUAUUCAAUUGGAGUCAGUGAACAUUCCGGCUUAAAAAUUACCUUUGUUUGCAUAUUGAACUUUUUUAUAUACAUAUAUGUGUAUACAAGUUAUAUGUACAUAUGUAUAUGUAUAAUAGGCGCUCAUCAGCGCGAUCGGAAAUUAAUUAGCUAGUCAGUGAGUUAGUUAGAGUCAUCGUUAGCUAGCGAUCAGACGUCCGUGUUUAAGAAUACUUUAAAUGUUAACGCAGUUGUUCUUAUAGUUAAAUAAAUGUUUUUUGUAUAAAGCAUAACUAAAUUAGUGUUUUACUAAUAAUAAAGAAAUUAUGUAUUAAACAUAAUUAAAACGGGGUUUGAUUACAACGAGUAAUCCUAUCUCUUAAAUGGCGACGAGGAUAAAAAACUGAAAAAAAAAAUUUUAUACCACUAAA